CAGGAAGUGGGGGAAAUGAGGAGAUAAAAAUCACCCUGUGUCCUGCAACCCAGCCAACAAACAGACAAUGUGCAGUUAAGUUUGUGAAAUCCUAAAAUAUAAGUAAGCCUUCCUGUCAUCUUUAGCAGAAGCUCUGACCUCAAUCUGAGGAUUUACAACUGGCCAUUUGCGGGAUUAAACUCUGUGAUUUGUGACUUCCUCCUCCUCCUCCUCCUCCUCCUCUCUCCUGCUGCCUCAGAGGGGCUCAUUCCGCGUCUUUUCUCCCAUCAGCAGCGGCCUGGAUGCUCGCUGGGCUCGAACAUGGCUGUGAAUCUUGCAAAGAACAGACUGACCCUGCUCACCGCCUACCAGGACGUCAUUGACGAGACCUCCGACACCGACUGGGCCUUGUACACGUACGAAGAUGACAGCAAUGAUUUGACGUUGGCAUCGUCAGGAGGGGGCGGCCUCGCGGAGAUCACGUUGACCUUUGACAGCGGCAGGGUCAUGUACGGCUUCUGCAGCGUGAAAGAGCCCAACGCCGCCUUGCCACGAUACAUCCUCAUCAACUGGGUCGGCGAGGACGUGCCAGAUGCCAGGAAGUGCGCCUGCGCCAGCCACGUUGCCACCAUUGCAGACUUUUUCCAGGGUGUGGCGGUCAUCAUCAAUGCCAGCAGCCUAGACGACAUCGAUGCAUCAGCCAUCGGACAGCGUCUUACCAAUGGUACGGCGGUGGUGGCGAGUCCGGUUCUGAGCCGCCUGAAAACCAGAGACGAGGAGCACGGAGAUGUGGGCACGGUGUACCAGAAGACUAAUGCAGAGGUGGAGAUGAAGAAAAUCAAUCGUGAAGAAUUCUGGGAGCAGGCCAAGCGCGAGGAGGAGCUGAGGAAGGAGGAAGAGAGGAAGAAGCUGGCUGAGGAGCGACAGCGUUUUGAGGAGGAGCGAAUGGAGCUGGAGAGGAAGGAGCAGGAGAACCGAGAGAGGAGGUACCGCGAGCGCGAGAGGCAGAUUGAAGAGCACAGGAAGAAGAUGCUGGAGGAAGAGGAGGCCAAAGAGAGAAUGCAGAGUCAGAGCACCUUACCAGCUGAGCCGAGCAUUGAUGACCUCACCCUGGACAAGAAGGAGUCUGAAGUGGAAGUUCAGGAGGCCAAGGCCAUCAUCGCGCAGCGGUCAGGAAACCCGCGGGAGUUUUUCAAGCAGAAGGAACGAGCCAUGACCAUCAGUGUCGACACCUCGCCUGUCACCAUCCACCGCAGCGGCCGCUUGGACAGCCCCUUCUUGAGGCAGCAGCACAGUCCCUGCAGCCCCAGCUCGACUCCCCCAACCAGGGGUGUGUCGCCCCUCCGCACACCGCCACAUGUACGGACGCAGCACACGGCUGCAGCCGGGAACGACCAAGAAAGCACGGAGCGCACCGUGGCCACGGUGUCGCCCAUUCCGAAAAUCGUCACCACCCCCAUCAAAGAGGACUCGAAGCAGGAGCAGGACUGUACAUUCGACUGGGAGCCAAAGCCGGAACAGAAAGCUUCUUCAGUCCAGGAGUCGACACCCUCCAAACCUGUGCAGAGCGUCGCCCCUCAGGCCCGUGACCCCUCUGGAUUCUCCACGUGGGACACAGACAACCUGGUUGACGUGUGGGACAGCAACGCCACCCCCGCUAGCGAGACCCCUCAAGCCUCCCACUCAUCCAAUCUGGUGGAUUUGAUGGGUGACGACGACAUCCCCUCUGCCGCCGCCGACGCCACCGGCGCUCACCCUCAGCCCCUCCUCAGCUUCGACGAGAUGAUGGACGGCACUCUCUGCUCAGACGACCCCACCAGUCUGGUGGACGUGACCGCUUCUGAGGAGAUGACCCUCAGCUACCAGCACGCACUGCAGCACGCCACCGGCCCGCAGCUGGAUGACGGACAGCUGCUGAUGACCAAUGGAGAGACGCUGAUGAAAGAGGGAACUCAGGCGAGUGAAGGCUAUUUCAGCCAAUCACAGGAGGAGGAAUUUGGCCAAUCAGAUGAGGGCACGGCAAAACCAGCACCAGUCUUUUAUAACAAGCCGCCAGAGAUUGACAUCACAUGCUGGGACACGGACCCGGUGGUGGACGAUGAUGAUGACUAACCGGCCAAUCACAUGCUGAGGCAAAUGUAGGAAGUGCGCUUCUUAGGGAAACCAAUUUUUCUAAAAAAAAAAACAACAAAACAACAAAAACAUCCUGAAUUAUAAUUGUGUAUCUUUUUGAGGAACAUAAUAACGGUAGCCGAACAAGAUGGGGGGUUAAAUAUAAGACAAAUAAUUUUUUUUUUGUGUGUAUGUGUUUUUAUUUGUUACUUUAUUUAUUUGUUUUUUCUUUUUUUUUUGCUAUGCAGAUGUAAUAGCUGGGAGUGGGAUUACUUUUGUUUGUGACAACUUAUUAUUAUUAUUAUUAUUAUUAUUAUUAUUAUUAUUAACGUAGCGCACUGCUGCACAGUAGAGACGAUGACAAGCGCAUAGUAGUGCUUUAAAGAAAACAACAGCCUGUAAAGCUAACCUGGCCGCCAUGUUGUCUUCAGCUGCCUCGCUUUUACCUUUUCGUUCCCGCCAAGCGACUUAAUCUUCUAUUCCAGCAAGAUAAAGUAAGAUUAAGUGUCUUGAUGAUUAUUGUGGAUUAUUUUUUGCUGCACUUUUCAUUUAGUGGAUGAACAGCAGCUCUCUGCUUCCAUUCAAUUUUGCAUUUUUUUUUGCCCUAAUUUUAACAUAAUUACAAGUGAAAAAAAAAUACACAUUUUGCAUCUAUUCCUGAUGAGUAUAGUGUAGAUAUUUUUCCAGGUUUUUAGAGGAGCGGUGUGGACAUUUUGUUGACUGUCCACUGGUGUACAGACAGGCGACAGAUGUUACAGAGAGGGAGGAAACAGCUAGAAGAAGUAGACAUUUUUUACUGUCUUGGGGUUUGAUCUGGAACCAUGCAUUUUGUUCUUUGAGCAAAUUGAGUAUUAAGGGCCACGCUGAAAAGAAGAGAAUAAUAGAGCUCCGACAGAAAAGGUGUAAUAUUGAAUUUGUCGAGAGGAGAACAUGAGAAUAGAGUUGAAAUAUAACAAGAAACAUGAUAAAUGUACUGAAUGAUUCUUGUAAAAUGUUCUUUUUUUACUGUAGUCAUUUUAACACAUUUAUUCUUGUAAAAUUACUACUUUUUUGGAAUAUUUUGAUUUUUUUUUCUUUUAUUUAUUUUUUUUUCAGCGUGGCCCCAAUACUCCUCAUUCUGACCCUGUUGCUCGACUGUUCUCACAAAAAAACAGCUUUUUAUUUUGACUUUUUAAAUGGAUAUGUGUGGAGUUUGCCACCAGGGGGCGUGUUUGUGCUAGAAAUGACUUCCAGGGCCCCUUUUUUGAAUAUUAGCAAUGACAUUGUUCUAGUCUUUUUGCUGUAUAUUCCUUGUAGAAAAUUAAACUUCUAGGCAAUAAUAAUGCUAAUAAUAAUAAUGUGUGUGUGCGUGCGUGUGUGUGUGUGUGUGUGCGUGUAUGUUCACCUGAAGUCAUUUUCCUCAUUUAGAAUCUCACAUCAACAUCGAUGACAUUCUGUAAUAAUUAACAUAUGUUCGUCAACAGAUAUGCAACUUUAAUUUGCUGUUUUGUUUCGUCACAACACGGGAAGAAUGAGCUCAAGAUGUCAGGAUGUUUAAAAGUGGCUUUUUUUUGGGUGGAAAUUAAAGAGGAAGAUUGGUUCAGAAAGAGAAUGCCUUGACUCUGUCACGCACACUUUUCGCUCUUUCGUUCAGCAAGUGUUUUAACAUUGAAAAAGCUGCUUUGUUGCUGCUGCAAUAGCUUGAGUCCUCCUUGUAGUUUACAUCCCCACCGCUAGAUGGCACCAUUUUUCACGGUUUCCUUCAAGCUUUUGCCCUCUCUGUGGAGGUUUUUAAUGGCUUCCUGUACACCUCCCACCGUCGCUCGCGCUCAUGUUUCACUCUGGUCUUAAAAUAUAAUAUACUUACAUAAUCGCCAUGUUUCUCCUUUGUCAUCUCUUCCAAUAUGUCGACUGAAGCAUUAAAGUUUCUUUUUCUAAAAGGUGCAA